AUGCAAGUCAGAAAUAUUCAGAACAUAGCACCGAGUCUAACUGACAAGAGUAUAAAGAUAUACUAUGAACAUGUUAUGAUGAAACCAACCAAAAUUCAAGAAAGUCAGUAUACUUAUGAAUAUCCAAGACACUGGGUAGAGUAUGUAGGAGGUGAGAAAGCUAUUGAAAUAAGACAAGUUAGAAGUAUUCCAGCAGGAAGAACAAUAUUAUUGAAGAACUUUAAUGUUUUGAGGUAUAAUGAUGAAACAAAGAAGCAAGAUAGUUUUCCUGUUGCUGUGUAUGUGAACCUAGACACAGGUGAUGACAUGAAAGUUUUUAACACAAAGCUUCAAACGGUAGUGAGAGAACAACUUACUGCGGAAGGACAUCCAUUACCUUCAGAAGUUACCAUAGCAUAUAAUUUUGAAACAAACUCAAUAGAUUUUAAA